GCAAUUCAGGACCCAUUAAACUUGGAUGUCUUGCGAUCAAUUCAACGACAUCUCUCAAAACGUAACCCUCCUACUUCGACUCAGAACGACAUAAGCUCUAGUGUAACCAUAAACCAUGGCGCCGAAGAAAUCAGCAGCUGCUCAUAACGUGGCAGCGCCUGCGACUCCGGCAUCUAUGAGCGCUACCACUGCUAACACCAGUGUCGCCAAGACCUCGACUAACAGUUCGAACGGUGUCUUUUGGAAUAUCUGGGAACACUACGUGGAGAAGACGCCGCAACGAACGAAGCUAAUCGAUGUAUUUAUGGCAUUCUUGGUGAUCGUGGGCAUCUUACAGUUUGUGUAUUGUGUGUUAGCCGGCAACUACCCCUUCAACGCUUUUCUCUCGGGUUUCUCUGCAACCGUCGGUCAAUUCGUCCUUACCGCAUCUCUGCGCAUCCAAACCACAGAAGGAAACAAGUCCGAAUUCCCUUCAGUGUCACCUGAGCGAGCAUUCGCGGACUACGUGAUCGGAAGCCUGAUUCUCCACUUCUUCUGUGUCAACUUCAUAAACUAAGCAACGGCGCAGGGAGCAUACCGAGGAUGGCAAGAGUGUGGAAACUGAGUUUUCGCUGGACCCGGCAAUGAGACGGGCAAUCGCUGUAUUACAACCAAAAAUGGGCACAACUGGGUAAAACAAGCAAAAGGAAGAUAAAAGCAGUGCAUUU